CAGAUCAAGAAGACCUGCAAGGUCCCCGACUUCCCCCCGCGCCGCGUCCCCAACUGGAUGCCCAAAGUGCUGGAGCAGCGCCGGCAGGGCCUGGAGCUUUACCUCCGGGGUGUGCUGUACCACAACGCGGAGCUGCCCCAGGACGUGUUGGACUUCCUGAAGGUGCGGCGUUGCCAGCAGGACCCCAAGGCCAGCAGCCCCCCGUGAGUAGACGAGCGGUGGGCAGCGCCGCAGNNGCCCGUUGUCGGCUUCUGCAUCGACCCCUACGUGCGGCCACCGGGCACCGACCUGCUCCCCAACACCGUCCUCAGCGGGGUGCUGCAGGGUCUCUACAUACCCCUGAGCUGCACCCCCAGCCAGGCAGUACCCUGA